AUGGCGAGCUCAAAGAAAGAAACCCCUGUCAAUGAACAGGAGAAUGAUACAUGCCACUGUCCAAUAUGUCUAGAGAAGGGAAAAUACUCGAUGUGUUUUGCCACGAUCAUCAAGAGCUAUGUUGUAGUGUUUGCCAUGUCAAGCAGCAUAAAUUGUGCAAGCAUGUGGACACAGUUGAAGAUAUUGCUUUUGAGAGAAGACAGAAAUGCGAUGAAAAACAUUGCUUUAAAAUAUGCUGAUCUGGAGAAGGUUCUCGAAUAUAUGCUGUCAGAAAACCUAAAUAAAACAGAAAAACUCAAUACCCGAAAGCACGAAAUUUGUAUGAACACGGAAGAAAAAGUUGAAGAAAUCAAAUCUCUAAUGGAGAAUGCACAUGCAAAGUGGCUUAAACGAUUUGAACAGAAUCAUGCUGAUUCCAUUGGAAACAUUGAAAUUGCAUCUGAUGAGUUGAAACGUUUUUCCACUACAGUUCAUGAAGUUAGGAUGAUUCUUAACUCAGUGUUAAAAUGUGGGUCUUCAAAACAAUUAGUCAUAACAAAUCAUAAACUGAAAAAGCAGAUUUCUGAUCACAUCAAUCGUUUAAGGUCUUUGGAUGUUUGGAAUUUUUCUGAAGAUUACAAGCAGCACAACUUGGAUUUUUUUGGUCAGAUUUCCAAGACAAACGAGUUUGAAGACGUAAAACUGACUAAACAACAAUCAUGGAUAGUGGAGAGAAUUAUGUGUAGUACUCCAGAAAAAAUUGAUGAAGACAAUAUUAUACAGAGGAGAAAAACUAUGGCUAGAAAAGACUGGAUGAACGUUGGCUUUAGAAAAUUAUCACAAAUCAACGAUUUGCCAGAAAGAGUAUUUUAUGGCUUGUUUAUACAUGACACAAGAAUACUGUUAUCUUUGACUAGCCCACCUUCGCUGAAGAUUUAUGAUAUCAGUAAUUCCACUGGAAAAUGCAUACACACUGAGGUGUGUCAGGAUAAACCAUAUGGUCUUUGUCGCUCCGGAUUGUGCUUGAAUGAAUUAUUUGUUUCUUUUGAAAACUUCAUCUGUCAUUAUCGAAUUGAGUUCAACGGAGAAAAUGCGAUUUUUUUAAAACUUGGAAUAAUUCAGUUGAAAGAACCCAUGAUAGCUAUAUCCCGUGGACCAACAACAGCGUUUGCUGCUAAUCGUUCUAAGACGAUGAUCUGUUCAUUGAAGUUUUGCAUCAAUCAUACUUCUACAUAUUAUCCUAAUGAAGCAGUGCCCUUUGUGUCCUCAUCGUUGAUAUCAGACUGUCAUUGUUUCAUAAUGGAUGAUAUGUUAAAGGUUGUGGAUAAGAAUAACAAAGUGAUUUUUGAAGGCCCUCGAGAUUCAAAUCUCAGGGGACUCACCUUUGACCUUCAAG